UGCAAGUUUAAACCACAUAUCAAAUCAGUUAAUGGAUAUAAAUUUACAAGCGAAAGAAAAUAUACCCGAUAAUGGCCAAAUUUCUUCAAAGCAGGUAACAGAUUCAAUUACAUUCAAGAAGUGUGACAUAGUAAAUGAACCGCACAUAUUAUUACAAAAGAAUUACAAAUUAAGGCCAGGGAACCGAAAAUUUAACCAAUUCCAUUUAGAUAAUUCUGCUGACAAUAUUUUAGAAUCCUCAGGAUCAGAUUUUAUUCCCACCGAUAUUUCAACAGACACUAGUGUUUUGUCCUCUUCUUCAGUUGUGGUAUUUAGCAAGAACAAUAGCAGUAAUCUAAAUGCUUCAUUUAAAGAACAGAAGGGUCACAAUACAAUAAGGACACCAGUUCAGGGGAGUAUUCCCCAAGAAAAGUUGAAUUCUAAAGAAAUUGGUAAUACUUUAAUUAAUAGCAUUAACAAAAUUCAGUAUAACCAACUUAACAAUAGUAUAAUUUUUUUACUAACUGAGAAAAAUUUAUCAAUAUGCAAUCAAGAAGAAAAUUCGGAAUCUGCCAACACUAGUGCUGAAAGCAGCCACGAAAAAUGUGUAAAGCCUUCUAUUGGGAAUGUGCAUAAAACUGCAGUUGGAAAGCGUGUUUAUGAUAAACGUCACGCAUGUUAUUUUUGUGACAAACUAGUUGGAAAAGUAGCAAGACACAUGCAAAUUGUCCACAAAAAUGAAACACAAGUAUCGAAAUUAAUGGCUAUGAAAGAAGGAUCUAAAGAACGAAAAGAAGGAUUCCUUUGUUUGCUAAGAGCAGGGGAUUACUAUUACAACUAUAAUGUGUUAAAAAUGAAGGAUGGUGAACUGAUUUUAAGUAGAAGACCUUCAUUUCAUGGAAUAAAAAAGUAUGAAAAUUUCGGUCCUUAUCCCAACUGCCUCGGAUUCUUCCAGUUAGAUUGCAUGUGGAGACACGUAAGAUUUCACUGCCCAUUGAAAGAGAAAAGUCGAGAGAGUGGUCAAAAUAGAAGAGAUAUCCAAGGUGAAAGUUUUGCCUUAUUAGCUUCUUGGAGUGUUACAAAUACUUCUUUAGAUUACAAAAAGUACAUAUUAGGUUUAUUUAAAUCAGAUGAAAUUUCUAAUGUUUGCAAAACUGAUUAACUAAUAAACUGUUUUGGGGCUCUAUUGUUUGAAAAAUUCAUCAGUCAACAACAUGAGUACAUUCGUCAAUCAAUGAGACAACUUGCUCGGUUAUUGUUGAAAAUUAAAGAAAUUAACAAUGACAUAACAACCUUGUAUAUGGCAAUGAAACCUACAAAUUUUUUAACAUUAAUCCAAGCUGUUAAAAAUGUAUGCGUUUCAAGUUACGAAAGUGUUCAUUCUUUUAAAAUUCCUUCAUUGGCUCUAAAAUUAGGUCAUCAUCUUCGUAAGUGUGCAAAGAUAGCUCGAGGUGUAGCUUUGAGAAAGGGAGAUUUAAAUACAGAUAAAGACAUGACAAAUUUCCUCAAUAUAAUGGAUAUUGAAUGGAGUAACAGAAUUUCUUCAAAUGCUGUAAGAACACUAGUUGAUAAGAAAAUGAACUGUGUCCAAAUGUUACCCAUUACCGAAGAUAUUAUAAAACUAAACCGACAUUUGGAUGCUUUGAUUGAAAUAUAUAAAUUCAAUAUACAAAACGAUGUUGACUUAAAACAAAGUUGGUCAAAAUUAGCAGCAGCAAUUUUAUGUAGAAUAAUAUUGUUCAAUAAAAGAAGAUCUGAAGAAGCUUCACGGAUGACAUUAUCUCAAUAUGCUUGUCGACCAAAUUGGAAAGAACAAGCAACACAGGAAACUAAAGAAUCCCUAACUCCACUAGAAACAAAGUUGGCCGAGCGCUUAAUUAUAGUUGAAGUACGAGGCAAAAGUCACAAGAAUCCAAAAGUACCUAUACUGAUGACAACAUAUCUGAAAGAUGUAAUAGAUCUACUUAUAAAGUCAAGAUCACAAGUUGAAAUUAAUCCGCAAAAUAUUUAUGUAUUUGCUAGAACAAAUAUGUCACUACAAAGCUUAAGAGGUUAUGAUUGUCUUAAUAAGUUCUGUAAUGAAACAGAACUGAAGAGACCAGAAUUGUUGACAAGCACUAAAUUAAGAAAAUAUGUGGCCACAGUAGCACAGAUCUUCAACUUAACGGAAAAUGAAUCGGAUUGGCUAGCGAAACAUCUCGGACAUGAUAUAAGAACUCAUAGGGAGCAUUAUAGAUUGCAUGAAUCUGCAGUAGAGUUGACAAAAGUUAGUCGAAUACUAUUAGCUGUAGACUCAGGAAAUGCCUCCAAAUACGCUGGAAAAAGUUUGCAAGAUAUUAAUCUAGAAGUUGACCGAACCUGAAUAUGAUAAUAAUAAUAGCUCCGCCUCAGAAAAUGAUGAAGAAAACGCAGAGUUAGGAAAACGUAAAACAAGAAAGAAGGCAACAAAAAGAAAGAAUGAAUUACAAGGAGCCACUAAAACCUUAGUUAACUUGGAUCAAUCAGUUUGUGUUCCUGGACCUAGCCGAAUUCCUGAACCACAGAUAAUUAGGGAAACUUGUAAAGGUAAAGAUAAAACAAAUUUGAAGUUGGUAGAAUUGUGACUAAUGCUAUGAUUUUGAAUAUUAAUUACUAGCACUUCAUUUUUCAUAGAAGCGACUGAACGGCACACUUUUGUCAUACAGAGUUCUGAGUAGAAUCAGUUUUUUUUUUCAUGUGGAAUGUGACAUCAUCAGUUUUCAAAUCACAAUUAUUGGAAGAUUCGUUUUAGAG